AAUCAUCGUAUUAAACAAACGGAGCCGGCUGAUUGUCGCGCUCCUGCCUCACUCGAGUCGCGACCGCCGCCGCCGCCGCACGCGCGGACAAACAGCAGUUCCACAAGAAGAUACAACGAAUCAGCGAACGACAUCACUGCCGAAAUAAAAAAGAAAACAAUCGACCAAUCAAAUAGAUCGGAAGAGGAAAACCUUCCAAAUUCAAACUGAAUGAAGCGACUCCGUCACGGCAGUUUGAAAUAAGAACUUUUUUAUUCUUCUAAUUUCGGGACUAGUGAUGUUUGUGAGUGUGCGUAGUGUAGUGAUGUGCUGUAGUCGCGGCAGUGACUAGUGUUGUGUGUAACAUUAGAAAAACUGGAGGUCGACGCGAAUGAGACGUCCGUUGUUGGCUCGCUGACGACAGAUGUCACCCCAGACUCUGCAAUGUCGGCCGAUGGGUCGACGACGGACAUCAAUGGUCUACUCAACGAUACAGAAUCUGAUCUCACCGGCCUAUCGCAUGUUGAUGCCCCAAAUGAUGCGAAUUACAUGAUAUGCGGCGUCGUCAUCGCCAUGGCCCUCGUGGGGCUCAUCAUUGUCCUGCUCGCCCUUACUAUUAACAAGCUGCGCAAGCGCGAGGAGCACUCGGCGUCGGUGCACCCGGCGGAGGUGCUGGCGCCCGCGCCCGCGCCCGCCGAGCCGCUCGCCUUCCGCCAGCAGCCGCUGUGGCAGUUCCCGCCGCCGCUGCCGCCGCCCUACGUCUAUUCGCAUGAUCCGGAUACCCUGCAGCCUAUCGGGAACGAGCGUGCGAGCUUCCGCAGCCUCCGCAAGAACAUCGGGGGCCGAUGGAAGCGACUCGUGAACAAGAAGCCAGAACAGGAGGUGUACACGAUACCCCCCGAGCUGAAGCCGCAGCUCAAACAAAUCUACGUGUACUGAGCGAAGAGCCGGCAGCCGUCGUCGCAGACUCAGCACUGAAGCAGGACACUUCACGGACGCUGCUACUGUGACACCUAUUCUUAUGGUUGUAAAUCGUUAAUACAUAUCUUCACUCGAAUAUCAAAAUUCUAAUCCAGACCAUCUACACGUCUUCGGCGGCCUUAACAAUUUGUCUUUCAACAUAUCGUUUCGACCAAUUAAUUCUAAUGUUUAAAUGUAAAUUAUUUUUCUUUUCAUUAACAAAGCACUAUUUUGUGAUGUAAAAUCUAGAUUUGUAUUAAUAAGUAUUAGAAAGCUGAUGUUUGUGAGUGCUGUUUCGUUGCAAAGUGUUGUCGAUUGUUGAAGAAUGAGUGAUAGUCAAUUUGCGUUUAGUUUAAUUAAUUAUUUAAUGAUAUGAAUGGACUUAGUAACGUGCGGUCGCGCAUAUUAGUGACGAAAAUCCAAUAAUUAUGAUAGAAAGAUGCCUUGUUAAAUGUAAUUUUGACUUAUUAGGGCAUUUUGUAGUUCACUAAUGUAAUCUAAGACAGAUCGUACUCUUAAUGAUAUCGAUCAAAUGUUUUGUGAAGCUAUGUACACGUCUAUGUAUGUAAUUUCUGUUUUGUGAUGGAAAUGACACAGUAGUAGAUCACUUCAUAUAGUUUGAUGCAGUAUUUUUAUAGUCCCCUGUUCUGGAUGAGACUGAAAAAUUGUACAAUUUGUGUGAAAACACAACUAACAUCACUGUUAUCAGAUACAAAAACUAUUUUCUGAUAUUUAUUACUGAAAGGAAUAUCAAACAUUUACUAAUUAAACACAAGAAUUAUGAAUGACCUAGUUAGUUGAAAAUUGCGUUUCUUGCAUGCUAUUAGUAGACUAAUUUUCAGAUUUUCGCCAGGUCCUUACACUGUGAUAUGGUUUAAGCUAAAGUGUAACAAAAGAGUAGGUUAAAAUCAUAAAAAGAAAGGAGACAAAGGAUUUAGAUGGAAACAACCAAUUUGUAUUGUAUAAAAUCAUAGAAGAAUAAAGGACAGCUGGUGGAGAAUUUUGAUAGCUCAUAUUGAGCCUGAUAUUUUUGAUGAAAUAAGUUAUUAGCUAGGUACAACUCAGCCAUUGUAUUUUUCGGUGAAUUCUUAAUGUAGAAAUGCAGCAAGUUAUCACAGAAUCAAAUGUGUGAGCAAAUUGAUAUUUUGUUCACCAAAAUGUAAUCGUUCAUUAAAAUAUUGAAAAAUAAAUUCCAUCAUGAAAAGUU